GGGGUACUGACCAGAAUUGACAUUCAGCGCCUCAACGAAUCAGAUUCGCACGACUUGUUAAGUCCCAGAUCCGAUACCAGUAGCGCCAUUAUCCACCAGGGCUCUGAAAGCCAUCACCGCCAGCUGCGUGAGAUUGUUAACCGCCUGCGCUCUGGACCAAGCGGACCGAAGGAUGUCGAUGCAGCCUACGAGCUCUAUGGCAAGCACAAGGAGCGUGCCAACACUCUUUGCCAUGCCAUCCUUCAUGAGGAGCUGGCGCCGCCAGCCCGUCAAGCGUCCUCACCGCAUCAACUAGUUGACCCGCUACUGCGUCGUGGUUCGUCGCUUGAGUCGCCCAACGGCCUGUACGACCAAAGGAGCUCCUUCAGCAACCGGAGCCUCACAGAAGUUGCGACAGCCGUGACAAGCGCCAGGGGCCGCAGAGUACACCAUAAUGAGCCGUGGCUCAGCGCCAUGCGCGAAUGGAAGCUCCACAUCGAGCACCUGGUUGAGUGGUUCAGGACGAGCUUGUCUGAGACGUAUCGCAAGUUUGAACAGGAUGCCACACUCGAGAUGGUCGAGGCUCUCUUCAACAGCCGCCGUUUCCGAAGAGAAGCAGUGCACCGGAUGCGCAACGCAAGUGUCACCAGGGUCAUAUCGGCUGAUCCUCAGUUUUUUCCCCGCUACGAGAUACGAUUCCGCAACUAUGAGAAGGCAAAGCAGGAGCUGGUAGACAUCAGAAGUCUUGUCCAGUCGGCCGAAGCGGGAAUAUCCCCGGAAAGGAAGAUAGAAGAGACUGACAUUGCACCUCACGGGGACUCGAUCCUCGAAUUUGCCAACCACCAACACGAUGCUGGUACCAACGAGCCCGUGCUGCGUUUCCGUGUGUCGUCACACACGCUUGCUGAAACGUCGCCCAUCUUUGCCCGCAUGUUUUCUUCCACUAAUCCUGAAUAUCUGUAUGUGCAUGAUGAUGACGACGUCAAUGUCCAUCUGCCACCGCCACCAACGCGGUAUACGUGCCGCGACGGGUCUGAGGCUAAAGUGUACCGCAUGCCGCAGCUCGAGCUCAACCAUCUGCGGUCGUUCGAAAUUUUGCUUUACGCUGCGCACAUGCAGACUGAAAAGGUACCACGUGACAUCUCAUUUGAGCAAUUUGUCGCUAUUUCUGAGUGCAGCAUCCGGUACAAGUGCACGUUGCCGCUGGAGCGCAUCGUCGAGACUGAAUGGUUGCCGCAUUGGAUGUGUAAUGGCGCUGACGACAUGGCCGAUGGCAUGGUAGCCAUCAGUUUCGCCUUUGGUCUACGAACACUCUUCUCACGCAUGACUAAGAGUGCCAUACUGAAUCUGGUGGAUGAGGCCGACCUUCAACGAAAACCAUGGCCGCAGGCCAUAAAGAACAAGAUAUGGGCCGUGCGCUGUGCAAAGAUGGCGCAGGUCUAUAUGUGCUGUAUAAGUGCCAUACAAGAGUACCUUCCGCUUCCUUCGAGGAACCCGGCCGAUGAGGUUCAGCCUAUCGCCCCGUCAGAUCUUCGCGGCAAUAACCGUGCGAUCAACGCGCUGGUCACGCCAUCUAUUCCAUUGCCGUCGACUUUGAGUACUACGCCCAGAUGUCCAAAAGGUAGCCAUUGGUGUGACGCCGGCAACCUGGGCUGGAUGAUGCUCAUAUACAAUGAGCUCAAUCUUUUGUCCCAGGUACUGCGACAAAAUGUGUUGACUCAUCAUCCUGAUACUGAUCGGCAGCCAUCUCGAAGUCUGGCCCAGCUCGUCGAAGCCUUGAGAAGAAUACCCAGCCCUUUAUCACCCAUUCACCGGGGCGGCGUCUGCGAUCCCGGUCCUGCGUUCCGAUUGGCCAUCAACGACAUAUAUAACAGCGUGUCGGGACUCACGCUCCAUGAUGUGAGCGGUAAGAGCCACGGUUGGGCGCUGUCGAAGCACCUCGCGGCUGAGCCACAGGACUUGGGCCCAGAGCGCAUGGCAGUCAACGAUAGGAAGCACCAUGGCGUUGCUACCGAGUUUCCCGAGCACAUUCGUCUCCAGAUUCUUGGCUGUAUUGACGACUUCAACGACCUGCGCUCAGCUGCUGUCAUUAACCGCGUUUGGUAUGGCACGUACAAAACGCACGAGUUGUACCUCAUGCGCAACAUACUGCGUGCUGGCCGUAUCCGGCUUUCCUCUACAGAAUUGCCUCAUCACCCCAUUGUUCCCAGGAGCACCAGCAACGCAGAAGAAAAGGUUCUCAAGAUCGAGUCAGAGCAAAUAAAGUCCCGGAUUACAAGGAGUGCCGAUGGUGAUUUUGUGUCGUUGGGAGAGGACGAGGACGAUGACGACGACGACAGUGAUGACGAGUCAGAGUUCGAAGAUGAUGGCAGUGUUGAUGGCACACCUGCGCCGUCCAUUACUGAGUCCAUCUGGCGCGAGAUCCGACUACGAUCGGUGUCGUCUAGAAAAUUCACCGAUGCCGCCGCCGCUGCCGCCACUUCUUAUUCCGCCUCUCCACGCCGACCGCAACCAGUACCAUUCUCCAAUGCGACCGACGCUAUUCUCGACUCGUCUGACUCAACGCCUCGUCAGAACACUCUGCUCCCUCGAUCUGAUUCUACAUCCCUUUCGGACGAUGAUCGAGACAAGACUCAGUCGGCAGUUGUCCACGACAAGUAUACCGAUGAGCCCCCACUAACGGACGAGGAGGCCCGGCGUAUCCUGUGGCCCGAUGCUCCUGAUACAGAAGAAGACGCCAUGCAGCGCUUAUCCUGUGACCGGAUACAUCCGGUAGAGGGGCUACGUGAGAAGUUUCUCGUAGGCGACAAGUCUUUCAUAGAAGUGCUGGAUACGGCAUCUGGGUUUACUGAAGACAAAAAGUUGCUCACGGAGCGCGAAUGGGCGAUGCGCACUAAGAAGUAA